UUUCGGCGCUGAGUCAGUAGCUCGCUGUCGGACGUCCUCGGUGGCGGGGAAGGAGCAGCGAGACUCACGAGCGAUGCUUGCCUGGGGAGCCAUCCUGGGGCUCUUGCCCGUGUUGCUCGGGACCGCCGGGGGAGAGCCCAUCGCAGAAACCACGUGCCCCGGAGGCCAGUCCUGGAGCCCGGACCUGGAAAAGUGCAUGGAUUGCUCGGUGUGCCAACGUCAAAACAAGAAUGAUUUUUGCUCUACCUGUGGAGACCCCCAGCCCACCAAUACCUUCAAUUUGUGGCUGUUAGUUGGGGCAUCUCUCGGUGCUGUUCUUCUGGCUAGCAUCAUUGGGGGCAUAAUAAUUUAUGCCCGCUGCCGAAGGCGAGAAAAAUUCACCACCCCAAUAGAAGAAACUGGAGGCCAUUCAGCUCAAGAAUCACUGAUACACUGAAGAUCUUUUUUUCAACACUUCAGAUCCAGGAGACAGCAAGGAAAGUGUCACUUUUGAUUACCUCGACUUUUCUUGAAGCUGCAGGAGAGACAUUUUUCACCUGCCCUGGAAUUCUGGGGCCUUACACUUUGCACACUCAGCAAUGGGCUGUGAAAUCUAUUGCUCUCUUGUUCCCAUUUCAGGAAAAAAACCCAACAAAGCAUGGAUGGCCCCUUUGGGGAAAGGCCAGCCACCUUCCUUGCCAAAUGCCUUGUGCCCUGAGAGGCUCAUUGUCAACACACAAGCACCCCAGGCCUAAUGCCCCAUAUUGGGGUGAUUUAUCUUCCUAUGGGGUUACAUUCUGGGGAAUUUUGCAAUUCCUAGAUCUGCCUUGCAGGCCUCCUUUGUCAUUUCCGUUUGGGGGACACUUUAGGGAAAAAAGAUGAAUGUGAUUUUUAGAUUAUCUGUAUAUAGAGAGGUAUAUUGGGUGCUAAAACUCUCCAUGAGAGGGGAGCACAGACUAGCCUCAACAGAGCAUCUUGCACCAUUCUCUCCAAUCAGUGGCUGGCCACUACAUCAAAAAGACAAUUAGGUGGGUAAUUUGGAACCUCCAGAAGACAUUCUGGACCACAAUUCCCAUAAUGCUGUGAAAAAAUACAAGUUGCCUUGGGCUUAUGGGAGUCGUGCUCUAAAAUACCUGGAGGGCACCGGAUUGCUUUCUCUGAUUCUCACUGGUAUCUCCCCUUCUCUCUCUUCUCUUCGGUGCUCCCUGUUGAGAUACUAUUUAUGUCUUCUGCUCUCAUAAGAGAAUUUUAAUUUUAUUGUGUGAUUGUUUUUUUUUUCAACUAUAGUAAGAAAAAAAAGCAUGUCAUUUCCUGACAUGGCAUUUGUGAACUGAACUAAAAUAAAAAUGCUUAAAUGUAAAA